CUGGAUUUUUAAUAGAUGCUGAUAUUGGACUACAUGAAACUGAAAACAAAAGUAUUUGAGCAACCAGAAUAACUCCAUCAGUUUUCUCAGUCAUAUUAAUGAUGAAAAAACAAUCAACAAAAAAAGAGUCCCUUCUUUCCACCAGCAUCAGCUUUGAACAGAGGAAUAUAAAGCCUGAUGGUGACAAAGGGUUAUAACUUUCUGUUUUUUCACUGUACAUCCUCCCCGGUUUCAGAUUUAGCAAUGGAUAUUCUUUGUGACGAGGAGAACCCAACUGCAAACUCCUUAAUCCAAUUAAAUCAUGAGCGAAGACUCUACAAAAAUGUUUUUGUGCCUGGAGAGGUUAAUGCAUCUCAUCUGUUUAACUUGACUGUGGACUCCGAAAACCUAACUAAUCUUUCAUGUGAAGGUAGCCUGACUCCGCCGUGUUAUUCAUCACUAUUUCAUCUUCCAGAGAAAAACUGGCCAGCUCUGCUGACAGUUAUAGUGAUUGUUCUAACCAUUGCUGGAAAUAUUCUUGUUAUCAUGGCUGUGUCACUGGAGAAAAAGCUACAGAAUGCCACUAAUUAUUUUCUAAUGUCACUUGCAAUAGCUGAUAUGCUGUUGGGUUUCCUUGUCAUGCCUGUGUCAAUGUUAACCAUACUGUAUGGAUAUACAUGGCCUCUGCCUACAAAACUUUGUGCUGUCUGGAUCUAUUUGGAUGUGCUUUUCUCCACUGCCUCCAUCAUGCACCUCUGUGCCAUCUCUCUGGAUCGCUAUAUUGCCAUUCGAAAUCCCAUCCAUCACAGCCGCUUUAACUCCAGAACUAAAGCUUUCACAAAAAUUAUUGCUGUUUGGACCAUAUCUGUUGGUAUCUCAAUGCCAGUACCUGUGUUUGGACUACAAGAUGAUUCCAAAGUGUUCAAGAAAGGUAGCUGCCUGCUGGCUGAUGAGAGCUUUGUCUUAAUAGGCUCUUUUGUGGCGUUCUUCAUUCCUUUAACCAUCAUGGUGGUCACCUAUUUUUUAACUAUAAAAUCACUUCAGAAAGAAGCUACCUUAUGCAUUAAUGACCUUGGCACAAAGACCAAGUUUGCUUCAUUUAGUUUUCUCCCUCAAAGUUCUCUGUCAUCGGAGAAACUCUUUCAACGCUCUUUGAACAGAGAGCUGGGGAAUUCAGGAAGGAGGACUAUGCAGUCAAUCAGUAAUGAACAAAAAGCUUCCAAGGUUCUUGGUAUCGUCUUCUUUCUGUUUGUUGUGAUGUGGUGCCCGUUUUUCAUCACCAAUGUGAUGGCAGUCAUUUGCAAGAAAUCCUGCAAUGAAGAAGUCAUUGGAGGACUGCUUAAUGUAUUUGUCUGGAUUGGCUACCUUUCUUCGGCUGUCAACCCAUUAGUAUACACACUGUUCAAUAAAACCUACCGUUCUGCUUUCUCACGUUAUAUUCAGUGUCGAUACAAGGAGGAGAAGAAGCCUUUACAGCUGAUUUUAGUGAACACCAUACCUGCUUUAGCAUAUAACUCCAGCCAACUCCAGCUAGCACAAAUGAAGAGUUUAAAAAAAGAGGCUAAAAUAAUGGCCAAGGAUUAUUCUAUGGUUACAAUCGGAAUACAUCCUUUAGAUAGUACCUCAAAGGGCAGUAUUAGCCCAGUCAGUGAAAAGGUUAGUUGUGUGUGACUCUGCUAGCCUGUCAACAGCUGCCAUGGCA